UGUCAGUUAUAUUUUUAUAACUGCGUCAUCUGCAGCUUCUUUAAACCGUUCGCAGUAGCAUCGCUUGUCAGCGUUACCAAAACGUGCAGUAUAGCCUAGUAGUUAUGACCAGUGGCGCAUUUUAAACUCAGGUUACGUCGAACAAAUCAGAUUAUCGGGAAUGUAAACUGGAUUCUGACGUAAAGGGAUUAUAUACCCCGGCAAAGAAGCAUAGCAUAGGCUACUUGCUCGCGGUCGGUCGGCAGCAUUCGGUGAAGAAGAGACCAGCUCGUGCCACCUCCAGUCAACAAACCCUCCUCCCUCUCGCUCUCUACCUCUCUCUCUCGCUCUCUACCUCUCACACUCAGCACCUGAGCGUGACUUUUCAGAUAUUUCACUGCGACUGAACAGGACCCGCCGCAGGUAACAUGGCUUCGUAUCUGCAGGUGGUUGAGAGGCUCGGCGUUGCCACGGGCGCAAGGAAUGGGUUCACUUUCUCCUGAGUUGAAAAGAUUGGCGCCUUCUUCGUGUUUCAGAUCGCUGAUGAUGAGAAAGGCCACGACCUAGACCUUUUCUGUGUCCCCAGACAUUAUGAGAACGAUUUGGACAAGGUGAUCAUCCCCCAUGGGCUUAUCAUGGACAGGACAGAGCGCCUGGCCCGCGACAUAAUCCGGGACAUGGGGGGACACCACAUUGUAGCUCUGUGUGUGCUAAAAGGAGGAUACAAGUUCUUCGCAGACCUCCUGGACUACAUUAAAGCACUGAACCAGAACAGUGAUAAAUCAGUCCCCCUGACAGUGGAUUUCAUUAGGGUGAAGAGCUACUGUAAUGACCAGUCAACAAACAGUGUCAAAGUCAUAGGAGGGGAUGAGCUGUCCAAUCUCUCAGGCAAGAAUGUUUUGAUUGUCGAGGAUAUUGUGGAGACAGGAAGGACGAUGCAGACGUUACUUUCCCUGCUGAGUGAAUGCAAUCCCAAGAUGGUUAAAGUUGUAAGCCUUCUGGUUAAGAGGACACCGAGGAGUUCAGGGUACAGACCAGACUACAUUGGUUUUGAGGUGCCAGAUUCCUUUCUGGUUGGCUACGCGUUGGACUACAAUGAGUACUUCAGAGAUCUCAGUCACAUCUGUAUACUGAAUGAUCAAGCCAAGGAGAAGUACAAAGUGUGAGCAGAUGAAAUGAUGCAAAGGCAAUGCAAUGACUGAAAUCAAUGAAGACUAGGACCACUGUGAUGCCCCUCCUUAGCUUUGCUGUGUUUUGAAUCUUUAUUUAUUUUUCUACAUACAAAUCCACAAAAUGUGACUUGUGGGUUGUAAAUAACUUAAAUAAUAUUUAAUUUCUCCCCUAUGAAUAAGUGGGAUCAAUAGUGUAUAUGAAUAUUUUGGUUUGGUUGUUACAUUUUAAUUUAUUUAUUCACUAAUGUGUAUAGACAGUAAGUUGCAGUAUUAUCUUGGAGAUAGAAAUAGAAUAACAUUAAUUUGUUCAAUUCACACGUCUCAGGCUACUGCUUUAUGUUCACUCAGCUGUCAGUCAAAUUAAAGUAGCCUUCCGUUUAUGUCUCUCUUUUAACUUGUAUAUCUUCUCAUUAUGCCAUAAAGUGACUGACUUGGAAUGUACUUUAUGAUUUAUUUCAUAUGUUUACAGCAAUAUAAACCUUGUUGAAACCUC